AUGACCAGUGUGGCAAGGUCAACGCCUUUUUAUUUUGGUGGGGCGGCUUCGUGUGUGGCUACUUGUGUCGUACAUCCUUUUGAUCUUGCCAAAGUCCGCCUUCAAACCACUAAAGGAAUCCACCGAGCGUCGAUGCUGGCGACCAUGAUAGCCAUUGGAAAGAAUGAGGGAUUGAUUCGUUUGUAUGCUGGUCUGUCAGCUAGUCUGUUACGUCAAGCGACGUAUUCUACCGUUCGAUUUGGUGCUUAUGACAAGUUGAAGCAAAUGGUGCAAUCGAAAACGGAACAUCCCACCGUGUGGCACUUGUUGGCGUGCUCCACUACUGCAGGAGCCAUGGGCGGUGCAUGCGGGAACCCAGGCGACAUUGUCAAUGUACGAAUGCAAAACGACGGUCAACUGCCGCCUCAUCAACGUCGACAUUACAAGCAUGCUUUGGACGGUAUCAUACGUAUGAGCAAAGAAGAAGGCAUUUCUUCUCUCUUCCGCGGUAUCGGUCCUAAUAUCAGCCGUGCUAUUCUCGUCACUUCCUCCCAAUGUGUUUCUUACGAUAUCUUUAAAAACUUUUUCUUAACCCAAACCUUCAUAUCCGACGGUCUGGGCCUUCACUUUCUUUCCAGCGUCAUGGCAGGUUUUGUUGCAACCACCGUGUGCUCUCCUGUGGAUGUCAUCAAAACACGAAUCAUGUCUUCCAGUGCAGCUGAUCGCAAAUUGUCCUCACUGAAUAUCAUGGCGCAGAUGUACAAAGCUGAAGGUCUCCGGGCCUUUUUCAAAGGUUGGACGCCGGCCUUUAUCCGUCUCGGCCCUCAAACCACCAUCACCUUCGUUGUCAUGGAACGCUUCAAAGCAUGGCACGCUGCAUGGAUCGACGGCAAAACUGCCGUCAUUAAUGUAUCAUAA